GCCAGCCAAGUAGAAGAAAAUGAGUUUCUUGAAACAAAUAAAGAAAACAUCAGCUUUCUAGACCAAAACGAAGCAUGUAAUAGUGCCAAAAAGUUAACAAACCUACUUCAAGUAAACAACAAACAACAAUGGAAUCACAUGCCUUCUGAUGAUAAUCUUAGACACAUGUCUGAUAGCAACACAUCUGAACAUAUACAAGUUGAUGAAAACAUUGUCCAACCUCAGCAGAAAAGACCUAUAGAGGAAUUAAAUUUUCUACAAUCCCAAACCUUUAAUGAACAUGUGACCUUAGACAACUUGUCUCAAAAUUUUAACAAAACUGCAACUUUCCCAACUGACAUGCAUGUCGAAUCUUCAACCAAAGACCAAUCCUUCAACUCAACCGAGAGUGAGGCAAAUGCUGACUUAACCUCUAAUCCAAUUGCUAUGAAUACAUUUUUAAAGUCAGAUGAAGCAGAAUUUAUACUAGUUACCUCUAAAAAUAAAAGAAAUAAGAGCAAAAAGAAGGAUCAGGACAGAAUGGCUGGUCCAAGCAAAAGCAAGGAGUUCCUCUAG